AUGCUCAGGGUAAACGUGUAUUGCUCUCUGAUUCCCAGUUCAAGCCAAGUCAAGCUUGGAGGCAGCUACGGUUCAUGGAUCAUUCAGUAUCACAGGGCUUGGAGACGUUGUCAAGGGACUUCCGUCAAGGCCUUGAAAGAUGAAAAAGAUGGGGGAACAAGUGGAUUCCCAAGUCGGAACUGGAAUCCCGGACUGGAAAUUGAGGUUCCUUUCGAGCAAAGGCCGGUGAAUGAGUACUCCUCUCUAAAAGAUGGAAUCCUAUAUUCAUGGGGUGAACUUGAUCCCGGGGCCUUUUUCCUUCGUCUUGGAGGCCUCUGGUUAGUAGCUUUCACAUCUCUGGGAGUGCCAAUUGCAGCUGCAAGCUUUAAUCCUUCAAGGGAACCUCUAAGAUUUGUGCUAGCUGCUGGAACAGGAACUCUUUUUCUUGUGUCAUUAAUUGUCUUAAGAAUUUACUUGGGAUGGAGUUAUGUUGGUGAUAGACUUCUAUCGGCAGUGAUACCUUAUGAAGAGAGUGGAUGGUAUGAUGGGCAAAUGUGGGUAAAGCCGCCUGAGAUCCUGGCCCGGGAUAGGUUGUUGGGAUCUUACAAGGUGAAGCCAGUUAUCAAGAAGCUAAAACAGACACUAGUUGGAACGGGGGUGUUACUUGUUACAGCAGUUUUUAUUUUCAUCUUUGCUACACCAGUGGAGGAUUUCUUUCAAACCACCUUUGGCACAAAAGAAAACCCAUCAGACAUUCUAUCUUCAAAGAUCAGCACAAAGUUCAAUUUAAGAAAGGAGGAGCUGCUUAAAUUGCCCAUCGAGGUGAUGGCUGACGAUGAUUUAGCAGCAGCAGCAGCUGAGGCUGCAGAUGGAAGACCGGUCUACUGCAGAGAUAGGUUUUAUCGUGCAUUAGCAGGUGGACAGUACUGCAAAUGGGAGGAUUUAGUUAAAUAAUGGGGGAAAGGAGAGGCACUAGACAACAUAUUAAGUUCCAUAUUAUCAUUGUGCCUUGCAAUUUCCAUUUAAUAGACGCAUGUUUAAAAAUUUAUGCCAUUAUUAUAAGGAAAUCAUUUACAUAGUUUAAAGAAUCAAAAACACUUCAAAAUUUAUAA